AUGCGGUUCGCAUCACGCAAUAUAUAUGCAUCGUUACGAUCCGGUGUUCAAAGCCAACGCCUGUCCUUCUCUCAUCGUCAACUUUCACAAUUAAGUCGGCAGCCUUUGCGGCCUUCCGUGGUCUCAGGCGCAAAUCGAAAAGAGAUUAUAUCGGCAGCAGGUCUGGUCAUAAGAAAACACCUGUCUACAAAGAACUGGAUAAAGCCUUAUGGCCACCAUUACGGUUGGAACACCGACAUUACGGACCCAACCAGCCCAAUCCAUUUUGUGAAAGAUCAACCAUCUGAGCUACUUGUAACAGAUCGUGCCUGGCUUCGCGACGCAUGCACGUGCAGUCGAUGUGUUGAUCCUUCGUCUGGGCAGAAGCACUUUGCCUCCACUGAUGUCUCUAUUAACCCUGAAAUAAGCAAGGUCGAUGUCACCAAGGCUGGCAACUUGCUGGUGCAUUGGAAAGAUGACUUCUUGACUCACGGCACUCAUGUCUCGGUGUAUCCGGCUAGUCUGUGGCUCAACCACGUUCAACCUCCGGCGCAAAAAGUAAGCCCGAUACCGUGGGAUAGGAGGAGCAUGGAAAAGCUAUCGCCGUCUAUCAGCUUCAAGGCGUUCAUGGAAGAUAGCGACGAGCAUCGCCAGGCUAUGAUCGCUCUGAUUUUAUAUGGACUCAUAUUCCUGCGCGAUGUACCCACGAACGAAGAUACUGUGAAAGCCAUAGCUGCUCGCAUAGGUGGUCUUCAGGAUACACUCUGGGGGCCAACUUGGAGUGUCAGGUCCAAACCAAAUGCCGAGAAUAUCGCAUACACCAACGGAUAUCUGGGCCCGCAUCAAGAUCUCCUGUACUUACAGAACUGUCCGCGCAUCCAAAUCCUCCAUUGUCUCAAGAACUCAUGUAGCGGAGGAGAGUCCCUCUUUUGUGACGGGUAUCAUGUCGAGCAAGAGUUCCGCGAGCGAAACCCGCAGAUGGCCAAGGUUCUCCGCGAACGUCUGGUAACCUACCACUACGACAAGGGCCGCCAUCUAGAACAGUAUUCGCGCCCCGUACUCUCGGGGCGAAAGCUGUGGUGGUCGCCUCAUUUCCAGAAACCCGUCCAGCCGGACGCAUUGACGGAGCCAGGGAGACAGCAAUGGUUGCAAUGGCAUGAGGCAGCCAGGCAGCUGAAAACCACAAUGGAGGCUGGCAAUAAUGUGUACAAAUACAAAAUGGCCCCUGGAGAUUGCGCUAUUUUCGAUAAUCACCGGCCACUGCACGGCCGCGAAGCAUUUGAUACGACGUCGGGCGAAAGAUGGUUCCAAGGAGCCUAUGUUGACAAUGCUUCGUAUGAGAGCCUGUUGAACUCGCUCGGGUUGUAUGAGGCCUCUGACUGA